UACACCUUUUGGCUCGAUUUGAACAUCCCAACACUCCGGAAUAGAUGCUGUAUCAGAGUCUGCAAUAACGCGAUUCUCCUGAUAAAGAACGGCAUAAACACCUCGUUGCUGGCACUCGUCGCGCACCCCUAAAGCGCGCCCGCGCUAGGCAUCUGCCAACAUGCCUUCCGCAGUGGAUCCGAGGGACGACUUGUGGCUGGCCAUCAAGCAGAUAUCCCAAUCCAGUUCAGACUCGGACUACAUCGAACAACUAGUCCCGAUCAUGAAAGAUGCACGGCAUACCAACCAACUUCUUCAAGCCUUUGACCAAUACUCAAACGACCGGGAAGCCGAGAUAGAGCGGAUAUGUAGUGCAAAUCACCAGGAAUUCAUCGGCUCUGUUGACUCGCUUCUAAAAGUUCGGUCCGGAACUGUAGACAUCACCGACGAGAUUCUGGAGCUGCAGGCAUCUAUCCAAGAGAGCGCCGACAAGUUGCACGCGCAGAAACAGGCCUUGAAGGAGUCGCGUAAUGUGCGACAAAACAUCAACGAGGCGAAUGCGGCGCUCAACGACUGCCUGGAGGUCUUGCGACUUGCUAACCAAGUAUACGAACUUUUGAAGGAGAAGAACUAUUAUGCUGCGCUGCGCGCAUUGGAUGAACUGCAGACGAUCCACCUGAAAGGCAUCAGUCGAUAUAAUCUUGCGGGGAUGAUCGACAAAAGUGUGCCUGUUGCUCGAGAGCAGAUCCGCGAGGCUGUCAAGGCCGACCUGAGCACCUGGCUCUAUCGCAUACGCGAGUCAUCGCAGUUUUUGGGCGAGGUGUCUUUCUACUACACUGAUGUCCGACGGACACGGAACCAAGAACGGGCUGAGGCUGACCCACGGUUCGCAAAGUUCAAGCUGAACUCGGCGAUUGAGCUUGUCGCGGAUGAGACUGAUGAGUUUGAUGUCCUCAAUAAUGAGGAAGCUGGCAACGAGACCGACUUCACGCCAUUGUUCGAAGCUAUGCAUAUCUACGACACUUUGGGAAAGCGGGAACAAUUCAAAGCAGAGUAUGCCGAGGACCGAAAACUUCAGAAGGAUCUGAUACUUCCACAGACCCUGAGCUUGCUUGACGAGGAAUGUGGCGAGCUGAGUAGUUUGUUGGAGAGCAUCGCAGGCUUUGCGAUUAUCGAGAAAGCUACGGCAGCGAAGACGAUCAACCUGCGGUCGCAAGCCGAUAUCGACGAGCUCUGGGAUACUAUGUGUGCUAGGGCCAUUGAGCUGAUCACAAAAGCCCUGCCGCAAGUCAGUAAUGACGAGCUACUGUUGAGAAUAAAAGGCCGGGUGGCCCUGUUCAUGUUAACCAUGGAGAAAUGGGGCUACUCCGUCUCGACGAUGAACGACCUCCUGCUCACCCUGUUCUCCAAGUACUCAGAACUGCUCAAGAGCCGCUUUAGUGAAGAUUUUACCGAGAUCGUCACGACCGAUGAUUACAUGCCAAUGACGCUCAAUAGCAUCGAAGAAUACGACAAGGUCGUAACCGUCAGCUGGUAUACCCCAGAAAAAGAGCGUGAUGAGCUCACCUUCCCUUGCGUUCUACCUUUCUCUCAGAUGUAUCCACUUUGUUGUAUCGACGUGAGGAACUUUCUCAACCAGAUCUACCUCUUCUCGGACGACUACUUCCAAAAGUCUUCCAUCAUCGACGAGACUCUGCGCACUUCACUGGAUGACCUGCUCUGCAAUGAAGUGUGCCAAUCGCUCGUUGAUCGCCUUGCCUCCCAGUAUCCCGGUCAGAUCGUCCAAAUUCUUACUAACGUCGAGCAUUUCGAGACGGCAUGCCACGAACUUGAAGCGCUCCUUUUCCAGGCACGGUCGUCGCCCGCAGCUACGGGCCCGAUAACGCUCCAAGCCACCGAAAAGUUUAAGGCUGCAAAGAAGCAGGCGAGUGAUCGUAUCUUCGAGGUCGUGAACAGCAAGAUCGACCAAUUAGUAGAGACUGCAGAGUAUGACUGGAUGGCUGCGAAGGAGGCCAGCGAGCCGAGCGACUACAUGAAGGAGAUGACCAGAUGGCUGAGCGACAUCUCGAACUCCGUCCUCCUUGCUCUUCCCGAGGAAGUAAAGGGUUUCGUAUACUUUGACGCGCUAUCCCACGCCAAAGAUGCCAUCCUCGCACUCCCUCUGGAUGAGUCUGUGAAGCGCAUCACACCCGCAGCGGUCAGCGCCCUUGCCAUCGACACGCGCUACCUCGCGAACUUUGUGGAGGGCCUCGGUGAUCCGCUGUUGUUGGAUAACCUGGACGAGCUGACACAGACGGUGCAGCUAAUGGGCGCGGAAGAUCACAUGGAGUACUUUGAUGUUGCGCAAAGGAACAAGAAGUACGGCAAGGUGGACCCUAUGAGAGGCCAGACCCUGAUUGCGAAGGUGCAGGAGGGGGCGACGAUUGCAAAUCAGAGUCCAACAAAGCCGCCAGAGAGGGAGCGGUUUGGCACGCUCGGAAGUCGGUUCAGAUUUGGUUAGUGUGGGACAAGCCAGCGCGGCGUUUGGAGCUUGGUGUCACGAUAGUUGUAUAGCCAUGUCAUCGCCAUUGUCAUCCUAUAAACAGAAUUGAGUCCAUGUC